AACCGAACAUUAACUAUAGGCUCAGUCAAGUUUUGGGAGUCGGACGGACCGCAUAAAUUGAUCACUAAACGGAGACAGACGACGUUAGUGUCUUUUGUGGAUUUUUUUUUUAUUGCUUUCUUUCCAUACUGUAACGGAAUUGAAACACGCACAGUUGAACAGCUAGUACAUAAAGUGACCCUCACGCUAUCGCUUUAAAGCGAAUACCUUUUUCUGGGAACCUUUGGAGACCCAGAUAACAUGGACCGAUUCUACGACCAGCAAGUCCCAUUUAUGGUCCCACCCAAUCAGAAAUCUCAUGUGGAGGAACCAUACAGCAGAACAGUCAUCGACAACAGGAAAAGGAAGUUUGUAGACACAGAACUCGCCCAGGACACGGAAGACCUGUUCCAAGACCUCAGCCAGUUACAGGAGAUUUGGAUUGCAGAAGGUGAGUUAUCUUCCCAGGUACCUGAUGACGAACAGUUUGUCCCAGAUUUCCAGUCUGAUAGCUUGAUGUUUCAUGGCCCCCCACAAACCAAGAUUAAACGGGAACUGAGUCCUUCCAAAGAGCUUUCUCCUUGUAGCCAGGACAGGAAUCUCAUGCCGUACGGAGAGAAGUGCCUUUACAGCUACAGUGCCUAUGAGAGGAAACCCAGUUUGGGCUACAAGCCAUUGACCCCUCCCUCUACACCUGUGUCACUGUGCAGCUCUACCAACACCCCAGGGACACACCCACUCAGUGAGCAGACUCCUCCCCCUCAAAUACCCAAUCAGAACCAGGUGCUUGGGCCACAUCCACUGCAGCACGCGCGGUCUGGCAACCAAGCAGUCGGCUCCGCCCACAGCCAGCAGAGUCCGCUCUCCCUCCACAGCCAGAGCCCGCCCUUCGCAGUGCCCUGCCCACCCUCACACCUCAGUCAGGAUGGCACCUACAGCCCUGAGCACAGGUUCCAGAGGCAGAUGUCGGAGCCGUGUCUCCCCUUCCCUCCCUCUGAGAGCCAGGCUCACCCCCAGUUCCUGGCCCAGCAGCAGGCCCCCAGCCACAGCACCCUGCCCAGGGAUGGGAGGCCCCCCUACCACCGCCAGAUGUCUGAGCCCCUGGUCCCUGGUCUACAUGGCUUCAAGCAAGAGCUGCUGGACCCCCGCUACACCGAGGAGGGUGUCCCCUCCAUGGGCUCUCAGGGUGCCUUCCACCCCAUGGCCAUCAAGCAGGAGCCCCGGGACUUCUGCUUUGACUCUGAAGUGCCUAUCUGUCAGUCUACAUUUGGAAGAGCAGGGACCUUCUACCAAAAUAACCAUGAAAGUUUCUCCUUCAGAGAGCUUCACCUGUACUAUGACGAUACCUGUGUGGUUCCUGACAGACUUGAAGGGAAGGUCAAGCAGGAGCCCUCUGUGUACCGUGACUGCCCUCCAUAUCAGCGUCGCGGCUCUCUGCAGCUCUGGCAGUUCCUGGUCACCCUAUUGGACGACCCGGCCAACGGUCACUUCAUCGCCUGGACAGGCCGGGGCAUGGAGUUCAAACUCAUAGAGCCUGAAGAGGUGGCUCGCCGCUGGGGCAUCCAGAAGAACAGGCCAGCCAUGAACUAUGACAAGCUGAGUCGUUCUCUGCGAUACUACUACGAGAAGGGCAUCAUGCAGAAGGUAAAGGUUGCUGGUGAGAGGUACGUGUACAAGUUUGUGUGUGACCCUGAGGCCCUGUUCUCCAUGGCCUUCCCUGACAACCAAAGGCCCAACCUGAAGGCCGACCCAGACAGUCUGCCCUGCGGUCAGGUGGACGACGAUACCCUACCUCUCACCCACUAUGACAAGAACACCCCUUACCUGGGGGAUUCUGGGGAGCAGUGUGUAGGAGGCCUACCCUUCCCUGACGGCUACGGCUACUGACACGCACUUCCCCUACUACUAAACCCGACCCAGAGAUCAAACGGCUGAGGCUGAGCAAGAAACUAUCAAACCCGAAACCUUCCUCUCCUCUUACCGCUAAAUUACUCCUCCAAUCUUACAGAUUAAUUUAACCCUCCCUCCCCCUGAAAACGACUGUGGAGAAACCUGCACCAACCACCAUCUCUGGCAUCAUCUACUGUACCGGGGGGGGGGGCAUGGAAGUGUGGAAUGGACUCCAGUGGUUCCGCCAACUUAAGGCGAGGUGGUGUUGUUGCAAUGGAGACCAAGAGGACUUGAUGGCGGGCCAGGGGCUGCAUUAUGAUGACAACAUGCCGGAGGACAGUCUGAUCGGUCUCUCUGCGCAGACUGCAAGAAUUGUACCAAUUCUGAUUGACAAUCUGCUUUUUCUAAAAGAGUAUAAUAAGUAUAAGUUAAUUCUGACAAAAUAUAUAAAUGCAGCACUAUUCUAUAGUUGCCUUUUUCGUCCCCCAUAAUUAUAUAUUUUCUGCCACAUAUGAACAAUAAGAUCUGUGUAAGCAAGGACUUUAAUUUGCAAAAAAACUCAACCUACAGACAUAUUUGUUUCUGUAGGCUUAAACGUUAGUGUAGAAAUGUCUUCGUAUGCUGGCUUUUCUACAGUUGGUUAAAGAUCUAGACCUAGUAGUGCUCUAACCCACUGGGACAUUCUAUGGUUUCAGAUUAGAUGGAUGGAUUCCUCCAACCAGAGGCCUGAUUUUUAUCCAGUAAUUAUUUAGUGUUUGUUCUGUUCUGCUGGGUUAACUGUGAGUGCCCUACUAGCGUAAAACUCCAGGCUCUGAGCUGUGGCUACAUCUGAAACGACACUAUUCCAUAUAUAUAUAUAUAUAUAUAUAUAUAGAGCACUACUUUACAAAGCCCACCAGUCUAUGGUCAAAAGAAUUGCAGUAUAAAGGAAAUGGGGUGAAUGUUGGAUGCGGACUCGGGGCGACCAGAUAUUCUCCUUUAUAAUGACACUCCACACCAUUUUUCUUUUCAUAAACUCACUCCUUCUAUUGCCUCAGUUGUAACUGACUGACUAAUUAGCACUCCACCCCUUAAAUAAAAACUAGGCACUGCAGGAAUCCUUUUUCUUUUCCAAAAGGGACACCUCAGUCAAUUUUUCCUAGAGAUUUUGAAUUUAUACAUGCCUAAAGUUAUUAAAGGUGAUAUCUUAUUUUUAUUUUAUUGGGUGCUUGACGUUUCCUCAGCAUUGAGUGUACUAUAUUUCUCAGAUGCACUAGGAUGGCAUUGUUCAGGACUUUGCAUGCGAAGGGGUGAAAUUCUACACCGUUUCCUGGACUCCUUUCUGCCAAUCACAGGUUGUCAACAAGAGACCUCUGCUUCUCUUUGCAUGACGGUGUAUUCAAACAAAUAAACUGUCCACUAACAUAUCGCUUUACUCUACUCUGGACAAAGAAGCAGAUUGUGAAACUUCUCUGCAUUUUGUUCAUGUUUUGUUUCUUAAAUGGGGAAAAAUAAACUUAUAUAAAUAUA